AUGCCUUUCUCCCGUCUGUAUCGGCGGGAACCUCCUUUAGCAGGUGCUGAAGAUUAUGACCUCAAUAUGCCCUAUAACCCCAAUCAGUGGCAUGAGCAAGAAAUGGACUUCACCUGUCAUCCAGCCUUCAAUCAAACCACCCAGCUUUCAGGCCUCAGGAAUCCUACGUCAAUGGACACCAACGACUCACAGCCGACCUAUCUCCGCCCCACAGCAAUGAGCAAGCCGUCGACCGACGGCUCUACGCCAGUCGAGAUGUUCAACACUGGUCCCUUUGGCUUCUCUGAUCUCAUCAACAUGGACUCGAACACAGUGUCACCACUCGACAUUUCCAGUUCAUCAUCCGUGCGAACUGAAUCGCUUGCUGGCAUAGAGGCCACAAGCCAGUCCCCGGCUUUUAGAGCCACUUCCGGCUCAGCCCUGCCUCCGCUACAAGAGAGAAUGUGCCCGCUUAUCUCAGGCGACACCGACACCUGCGAACCUUCACAGUGCGGGCCUAACGCUCCCUGCAUGAAUUUUGCCAACUUACCACCCAUCGAAGAGUGUGCCUCAAUCCCUUGCAUGACACCCCCUGACGAGGUGCCACCCACUUCAAGCAGCCCGACCAACAUAAGGACAUCCUCGCGCGUGAGACGAGCGCUCGUCACCAAACGUUCAUUGACAACCAUGUCAUCAUCCUCAUCAGAGGACAAAAAGCCAGCAGUAGCACCAGCCGCCACCCGCCGCCCUCAAGCAGCCGGCAGAACCACGUCAGCAGACCGGCCGGCACCCUCCAGGCUCGACAAGAAGCAGCGCGCCAAACAGGCUCACUCGUUGGUCGAGAAGAAGUACCGCGAAAACCUCAACACCAAGCUCUCCCUCCUUCACACCACCCUACAGAACGCGGCCUACGGGCCCCGCCGCUAUAACGAAGCCGACUCGGAUAUCGACCUCGAAGACGACUACGACGGUGGUGACGCCCCAGCCAUGAUCAAGAAAGACUUCACCGCCGGCGGACCCGCCCCUAAGUUCCGCAAGAGCGAAGUCCUCGACGAUGCCAUGAACUACGUCAACCAGACCGAGGUGGAGAUGCGGCACAUGGAGACCGAAAUCCUACGGCUGAGCGACAGGGUCAAGGCGCUCGAGAAGCUGGUCAAGUGCGAGGAUUGCUCGUUGCUGAAGCGCAUGGUGCAGAUGCAGGUGGCUACUUGA